CCGACAAGGCGGUGACGGCAUAUAGUCAACUGGCAUCACCGACCCCGGCGGGAUGAGUGCCGAUUGCUCCAGCUGUCCAGAACGAAGUACUGCGUCCGAUCCUGUCCCCUCCCACGGCUUUCCCCUCUUACAUCCUCACAUAUUUUAGUCAAUGUUUCUCUAAAUCUCACGCUAUCCCUCCCACGUUCCGUGCCUUUGCCAAUGACUUGGGGUUUGUUCCCCGAACUCGUCAAUACCUGGCCAUGAGGCUCGCCGUCUACGCCGGGGCCUCGACUGCCCUGGCCACCGGUGUUUUUCUGAAAGCGUUACAUCAAAGGGCCAACUUCUAUGCCGCGUGUGUAUACCUAUCGCAAAGCAGCGCAAAUCUUAUGAUUUUGAUGAAUGUAUGCCUCCUGGCUGUUGGAUUUUUCCUCUUUUGGCUUCAACGUCUCCUCUAUGGACCGCUCCGCCCUAUCGAGACUGAACAGCUAUACGAGAAAGCAUGGUUCGCUGUUACUGAAACAUGUCUGGCGAUGACGAUCUUUCGCGGAGAGCUAGGAGGUUGGUUUCUAGUCAUGUUUGUUUCGCUGCUCGUCGGCAAGGUCUGGGGCUGGAUUGGCGAGGGCCGCGUGGAAUACCUCGAACAGCAGCCGCCCGCAAACCCUCGCCUGUUCCACUUCCGGCUCGCCUUAUCCUUGCUCAUUUCCGUCCUGUUCAACGUGUUCAUGUUGAGAUACUGCGUUCAGACGGUCCUUGAACAAGCACGGCCUGAUAUGAUGGUCAUGUUCGGCUUCGAGUUCGCUGUCCUGACCAUCCUGUCAAGUUCAACUGCCGCCCGAUAUUCCAUCUCGUUGGUCGAAAUUUCAAUAACUCAUCGGCAACUGAAGGCCAGAUUGGAAGAACGUCGUCAAGAGAUUCGAGCUGCGCGGAUUGAGACCCUACGGCAACACAACGGGUCUGCUGAGAUAACUGCCUUGCCUGAUUUGCCGGAUGAGAACGACGUCAACGAGAUGGAAAUGGACGUGCCGGGCUGGGAAGAGAAAGGCCGAUGGAUUUUCUACCUUGACCUUCUGACGGACUUCCUCAAAUUGACAGUUUACUUGACGUUUUUCGCUAUCCUAUUCACCUUUUACGGUUUACCUAUCCAUAUUCUACGCGACGUUGUUGUUACGAUUCGCUCAUUCGGACGCCGCAUCAUGGACUUUGUCCGGUACCGUCAUGCGACUCGUGACAUGAACGAGCGCUAUCCUGAUGCUACCGCUGAAGAGGUCGCCCGGGAAGAAGUGUGCAUUAUCUGUCGUGAGGAGAUGACUCAGUGGCACCGGGCUAGGGAGCGAGGAGAAGCUGCACAACAGCAAGGCCGAGUAUCUGACAGACUCCGUCCAAAAAAGCUUCCUUGUGGUCAUAUCCUACAUUUUACCUGUCUUCGAAGCUGGCUCGAAAGGCAGCAAAACUGUCCGACUUGUCGACGCCCAGUCGUCGCUCCACCCCAAGCACGAGGUCACGGCGAUGCAGAAAACCGCAACCCUGGAAAUGAUGCUGGUGGACAGCAGAAUCAGCCGUUUGGUAAUCAGCCAUUUGGACGUAACGGGCCAGCGGAUGGACUGCCCCGAGCCAGAAUCUAUCAAUUUGGCCCUUUCCGGAUUGGCUUCGGUGCAGGAAGAGGCGAUCUCUUCCGCAAUCUUCAGCAACAAAUUCACCAAGAAAAUAUUCAAUUACAGCAGCCAAAUGAUGCUGUUGCGCCCAAUGCUCGACAGAUAGGUUUCGGACUCGGGUUUGGUCGGCCGCCAGCGACUCCAACAGUUCCGACGCCGGCUCCGAGCGUGGCUCAUGUACAAAAUCAACUACAUCAAGUCGAGCAGCAAAUCAUGCAGGAAAUCCACGGCCUACGAGUCACAGCUGAUCAGCUCCAAGUGGUGCGAAUGUUGCAAACAGAACUCCACCGACUUCGCAAUCUUUCCCGCGAUUCUUCCGAAUCGCAACAGGGUCUCUCGGCUUCCGCCUUGUCAAGCUCGGCGACAUCUACAGCCGAGCGUCAUCGAUUCGUGUCGGAUCCUGGGGCGCCUGCCAUGAGGGCUGGUGACUCUCGACUACCCGAGGGGCUGACCCUGCCUGAAGGCUGGUCUCUGAUUCCUCUUCACUCGCCUGGCCAAGGCCCGACCCAAGUGGACAAUCCCUCCGUCCCUUCUGCGGCUUCGGGGACAAUCAUACCUCCCACCCCUCUCUCGACCGAAGUUGAAGCCAACGAUGAAAGCCCAGUCCAAGAACUUGCGGCUGCUUCGGGUCCUUCGGUACCUCGAGACCUGCCUGAUUGGCACUCUGACCCGACUCCUGUAGCUUCUCAACCGGCUGUCGAGUCACUGUCCCAGCAAUGGACCGACCUAGCCUCCGAGGCACAAGCGGAUGACACUGAGCGUCUAGACCGUGAAGAGGAGUCAGGAUCCCCGUCUAAAGGGAAGGCACGGGCUGCAACAGUAGAAGAUGCACUUGAUGAAGAGGAUGAGGAUUGAGAAUGUGCUCUGUGUACUCAUAUUCAUCACUCUCGCAUGCUAUUCUCUCUGCCCUUCUGCCGGCCGUACAUUUCCAUCCCAUCAAAUCUAUUCCGUUCUUGGCUACUGUAUCAUCAACAUUGAUGUUGACAAUAUCACCCACCCCAUCUUCAGGGAGUCCUUUUUUUUCUGGCGUUUUCGAAGCGACGCAAACUCAUACCCAACUACCACAAAGUAUGCAAUUUUCUUGCCAUAUGCCUCCCCUUAUUUCACUGCUGGCGCCCUAAAUAGGAGGGAGAGUCUUCUAUUUGUAU